AUUAAAUAAAAAUCAGUGUGUAGGCUUAAUCACACUUUUGUACAGAUAUUUUUAGACAGUUUAUAUAUCUGUCUAUAAAAGCAAGGCCAAAGGUGGUUGCCAUAAUUAUAGAAAUGAGAUCAGACGUGCAAUAAAACAUGGUUUAAUGUGGCUGAGAAAAAGCCAGAGUAACAGUGUUACAAGCCACUUUGUGUUGGGCUGGGCUUUGUGUUAGUCAUUUCAUGGACAUGCACCUAUUGCCCCGUUACUAAACCCGCAUGUCAGUCGGACACUAAUCAGUUCCCAGCCAGAUAAUUCUCAAAACAUUGAUUAAAUCCAGAACAACCAGCCUUUUGAAGAUGUUUAACAAAAAAGAACUGGGAAAAUGUGAUUUGAGCACCUUUGUUUGUUGAAUUCUGGAUUAUGUAUUUUCACAGUAGACACAAAAAAGCAGCAGUUUUGUUCAUGGAAAGGCCUUUCAUGUAGAAGGAAGUCAGAGGAGAAUGUCUAAAGUGUUUUGAGGUGACAGCAAGGAUACCGAAACCAAAACUCAUUUAUUCGAUGAGCUUUAUGUUAUGAGCUGAAUAUCAUCUCAAAAUAAACAGCCCAUUAAAUCUUAAGGUUCACUAUCUACAACAGCAGGAGAUCUAGAACAGAAAUGUGAGGUUUAAACAGACAGACUCAGCAGAAGUGGCCAGCUGAAGACUCCCAUCCCUUCUGACAGGGUGGCCACGCCUCUGUAUUAGGAUUUUAACUCUCUCACCUGCAAUGCUGUUUCUGACCUGAUCCAAGUCUGGAUGUUUUGCUGCUUUACAACGUGAGGAUAUUUAAUAUAAAAAAAUAAGCGUUUUCAUGUUAGUCAGCAUAAUUAGAAGCUGAAUUGCACUUUUGGGACACGUUAACGGCGUGAAUCAUAGGAAGAAAAUGGUGGUUUUAUCGCAAUGGUGAUGCAGUCGGACACAUUCUGCUGGACGGAGCGACGCUUUCACCGCCAUUGAUGUCCGCGUCAUUACGCGUUUCCUCUGUUAACUGCGGAUACCUUUUUUUUUUAUUAUUUAAACAUAGACACGGUUAUGCCUUUAUUUUUUCCAAACCACGCCAGUGUAAGCACCUGCUCCAUGUCUCCAUGGCUGUGUUACAGGACCCUUGGGUUCCUCUUCGAGGUUUAGAGAAUUCAACCUCACUGCUGAAGCAUCGUUACCUGCUCAAAUAUGGCACGUGAGCUCCAUUCAGAUCUCUUUCCAUUCUCUGUGACAAGACUGCAGGCUUGUCUAAUCAAGUCAUUUUCAAUGGAUGUGCUGUGUUUAUAAACGAACUUAUUGAUGAUGUGUUUUGGAUGAAGAUUCCUGCAUUUUUACCCUGGUUUCCUUGAUUUCACUUUUGUGCCAAUUAAAUAUUUUCCAAUGAGGAUCUCCUUUAGAGGCUUCGUUUAUUAGUGAAAACACACAAGGGUUUAUUUUGAAACUGAACAGAAGACAGGAACCUGACAGAAACCUUUCAGUCUGGCAGCAUUACUUUAUUAAUGAGUAACUGUGGAAGACACAUAAGAUGUAAGGAUUGAGUGUACAAUAUCAUUGAUAAGGCACUGUCCACAUCCUAUGGUGAUUAAAGAACUUUUGGUCACUACCAUGGGUUUAGGUGUACCAGAAUUCGAGGACUGCCAAAACAGCAAAUUGCAGGCUAAGAAGAUCUAUGACCUGCAGGAAAAGAAGCAAAGUCUACAAAUACUUUUAAGCAGUAGACAAAAGGAACUACGUCAAGUUUGUCUACUGGAGGCAGAACUGACCGGGAAACUUUCAUGUGACUUUCCUCUGGAAGUGGGUGAACAUCCCCCGAUUGUGCAGCGCAGAGCUGGAAAAGCAUUAAAUGACACUUCAAAGAUAGAGGAUAACCUGGGCCAGCGAAGACAAGUGAAGACUGGAUUCAGUGGCACCCCCUGUCAAAGCACUGAGUCAGAUAAAAAUGCUUUACGCAGCAAGAGGACGGUUCAUCGUGGGUGUCACACAGAGGAAACAGUUAAAUCAGAGAGCUGUUCCUUGUCAGAUUCGACACCCUCCCGAGACAACGGUGUGUCAGGAAUGAGAGAGGAUUUGACUUCUAGUGUGGUUUCUGAGAAUCGCUCACUUUCUCACCCUCGCCUGGCCUCAGGCAGUCCUGAUAGUCGCCUCUUUAAGACACUGUCUCCAGUGGAGAUUUACUAUGAGAUGAGGACUUGCCAUGACUCUGCCUCUAGCUCUGUCAGCCCAAGUCAUUCCCUGCUUAGAAGUGCAUCCAAUGUGGAUGCCAUGAGUGUACCAGCCACACCUGUACUACCUCAGAAUAUGCCAGUCUGCAUUCAUGUGAGGUCUGAAAUGCCUGGUGAUGUAGCACUAAAGCAGUGGGACAGAAGUCUGGAUGUUUCUCAAAUUGUUCCACUGGCAUCUCAUAAGAGUUCCUCCUCACAUCAUACAAGUUACGUAUACAAUUCUCUUGCCCGCCGUAGCAAUAGCUCUGAGGCAUUGCUUGACCGCUCCAAUCAUCAUCAUGUAGUGGCUCCCCGAAAUGGCAUGUCUCCAAGAACUGGACCCUAUAAGAGCUCAGAGUCCUUGACCGACAGCAAGCUAAGGCACAUACACUGUGGAAGCCCAGAAAAGCAGCUGGGUGGAUCUAAAGAACAAGGUCACAUGCAUUCAUCAGUUAAACAAGGAAGAGGGGCUGCUUAUGAUGAGACACUGAUGGACUAUAUGAUCAAGCCACAAAAGAGACCAGUUCAGUCCCGGCAACACAUUUCUUUAGAGCACAUAUGGCCUGACCUUUCUGCUGUUCCCAAAUCUGGGACCUCAACUCAUUGCAAUGUUUUUUCUCAUUCCCAGAUGCACCUAGCAUCUGCAACACCAACAUACAGCCCCAUAUAUGUGCAGAGUUACCAGCCUAAACCACGUCGAGUGAAAUUCACACGGACUAAGUCCUGUGGUCCCUUUACCCCUCUCCAGCAGCACAGCCUGGACCAUUUACUGGUUUAUGCUUUCGAACCUACCAACCUUUUAUCUGGCUCCACUGCAUCAUCCUUUCCAAACCUACUACACCACCCAACAGAGAAGCUUAAUUCUACUGUCACUUUUAGCAGCAAACCUGGGCCCUUCUCCCUGCCUACUCUGGAUGACUCUACCCGCAGCCUACACAAGGCUUUGGCACUGGAGGGCCUCCGAGAAUGGUAUCUAAGGAAUGCACUAGGUUAUCCCACUGCAGCUAGGGGGCAAGAUGGUCUUCACCUGCGCCCCCCCACCCACCUGGUGCACAUUCCCUGGUCUGUUCCACUGGGCCCACUCUACUCACAGCCACAUAUCCCCCAGUCAUCCUCUUUUCAUGGGCAAACACUGUAUGGCAGGUCUGAGGAGCUCUCUCACUACCCAGAGCCAUUUAUCUCCAAGGAAACCACACAGAAGGAAUCUAGCUCAGAUCCUGGAACUCUGGUAUGACUGCCAGAUCACACUAUAGUAAAAACCUACAUAAAGCUUUAUAUAUAAGCAUAAAUCUUAUGCCUAUUUUCAGAACCAAACUCAAGUUGUACACUUGAUGAAGGGAUUAAUGGUUUUAUAAAUAAAGAUAGAGAGUAUUCACAUGAAGUUGUGUUUGCCCAACUUCACAUGUGCAUACUAUUGAAAUACCGUAUAGUUAUGUUGCUAUUACAUUUGUACAGUAUAUGAUUUGGGCAGCUGUAUUAAGCUAAUCUUUCCAUAUUCUUUAAAUAUAUUUUCAUGUAUAAAUAGAUAUAGUUGUAUUCAUUUAAAAUGUUCUAUUUUCAAGCUAAUAUAAUUACAGAUUUAUGAAUACGAGUUCAAUAAAAAGUAUCUUAUGUAUUUUCGAUGUUUUCAAACUUUGAAUGUGUAAAAUACAUUCUGGAUCAAUACCUGUAUGUAGCUAUGAAAAGUGCAAUGAACCAAUUAACAACCUCAAAACUGGGGAAAAUUGUUAUUGGAUGAAAUGCUUUACUGAAAAUCUAGGCCUGCAAAGACUAAAAAAAAUCACUUCCAUGUUUUCAAAACUAGAAUAUACUACAAUAUAACAUUGUUUUGCCUUCUAUCUUGUGCUGCAACUUUCAAUGUGAUUUUUGUAUCUACCGAUUUCUAUAUGAGACUACUUUUAGUGUGCCUCUUUAAAAUAUUUGUUAGCAUAUGGUAGGCUGCUUCAAGCCAAAAUCAAAAUUUACAUUUCUAUAAUUCUGUUUGGAAUCAAAACAUAGGUACGAUAGCAAGUACAAGUCACCAACCUGGAGGCAUAUUAAAACAUACUGUUGUAUUUGGACUGAGCAACAUGCAGCUGUGAGAUACACUGGCUAUGCUGAGCACCUACACUGUAGAAACAAACCUACUCAAUAAAAGUGAGGCAAAAAUUUUCAUGAAAUUUAUUUGGGUAGAUUUUAUCCCAUUUUUAUGUUGCACUAUUUAUAGUUAAAUAGCUAGUUUGGGUAGAAUUUGCCCACCCACAAAUUUUACUUCCUGACUAAUAUCCUUUCAAUGAAAUUGAAAUUAUUUGCAUUGGUUGCAUUUACCACCCUCCAAAAUCCUUAUGACCAAAGGUUUGUGGACACCUAAUUAUAACACCCAUAUGGACCUUUCCAAAGCACAGCUAUAUUGAUGUCUGCAUUUUGUAGCAUUACAGUGUCUGUGCAAAAACGAGAUCCAUAAAUACAUUGUUUGCCAAGGUUGGUUCAAAGAUUCUGAGUGGCCUACAUGAGCAUUGCCCUUAACCCUGAAGUACCGUAACACCAACUUGCAUGACAUCAGUAUCUGACCUCAUACAUGCAUUCAUAUAAUAGUGAAAAAUAAGCACUAGUUUAAGUGUUUCGGGAAAAGAAAACCUUUACCCUGAGAGACCAGCUUACCUGUGCUAUUAGAUACAUUGCAAAGAGUGAUGGGAUUUGCUUUGUAGGCAUUGUUUUAAAUCUAAUGUGUGCAGCUACUGGAAGCCAGUGGAGGGAACGCAGCAGUGGGUUGGUUUGUGAGAACUUAAGCAGGUUGAAAACAAUUCAUGCAACUGCAUUUUGGAUCAAUUAUUGAUGUUGAAUUGUGAUCAGAGGUAGACCUGCCAUCAGAGUUGCAGUAGUUCAGUUUCAAAAUGACAAGAGACUGAACAAGCACCUGA